UCAUGGUGGCCUCUCAUGCAGGGUUUUUUCAUGAUUCCUUGUUCUGGAUCGACCGGCCUCUUCCCUUCAGCUGCCCAGCGUGCGGCAGCCGCCGAGCCUCUGCCCCGGACGGGCUGGGGACAUGGUUUUCUCGCCGAGGUCGCGUUCACUUGGUGGGCAGCAGCCCAAGUGACUUUUCUGGCAGGGCGGCGGAGGCCGCCACACGCGGGGAAGGCGGCAGGAGAGCCGGGCCGGGCCGGGCGGAGGCGCCGCGCCGCUCCCAUGGCAACGGCCGGGCCGCGCUGCGCCCGCGGAGCCGCCAUGGCCUCGCUGGCCGCGGCCGAGGCCCCUCGGGCCGCCUCCCGCUCCCCAGCCCGCGGCUCCUUUCGCAGCGGGGGCACGAACGCCCCGCACACCGCCCAGAAUACACUCUUGAGAUCAGUGGAUUUGAAUCACGUCAUCACCCUGCUCAAAGGUUCGGGCUCAAAAGAUUUGGAAAAAGAGCAGCUGAAAACUCUUAAGAAGGUAGUCAAGCAUUUUGAAAAUGGGCUUCCCCUUAAAGAUGUAGCACAAAUUACUGAAAUUCUUGACCUGUGUGCAGAAAAAAUGAAUGAACAAGAAGCUUUUACUGAGCCUUUAUGUGAACUUAUUAAAUUGUUUGGGUUACCAUUUCAGAAAAAGAAAUCAUCUGAUGAGGUAAACUAUUCCGUUGAAGUUUCACAAUCCAUUGCACAACUGGGUUACUUGAUGAGAGUGCCAAGCUCUCAAGUUAAAAUACAAAUCUGUAAGACUAUUGUUAGCUUUUAUAAUAUGGAGCUACCAGGAAAACUACUUCCAGGUUACCAGCCAACGAGUGCAAACUAUAAAAUCCGGAUGACUGAAGGAGGAUUAGCAGAAUCUCUUGUUUUGUCACUAGCAUUAGUUGAAAAUCAACUUACUGAGAAGUUGUGGGUACUUAAAGCUCUCCAGCAUCUUUCCACCUCUGGAAAAAAUUGUGGACAAAUGGUGAAGGCCCAAGCAGCCAGCAGGAUUUGUUUGUAUCUCAAUGGUGCUGAUCCCUCAGGACAGCUGGUGUUCCGUUCCUCAGAUAUCCUAUGGAACCUGCUAGAAAACGCCUCAAAAGAGGAAGUUGUUAAUCAGCUCAGGAGCUUGGAAUGUGUACGUGCUUUGAAAGAAGUAUUUUCAGACCUUGUCACGCACGGCUUCCAGCACUGCGAUCAUCAGCUACGCAAUGACCUCCUGGUGAUUGCCACAUUACUAGCUGAAAGCCCUGCAGUACCUAUGAUUGAAAGUGGAUUUGCAAAGCUCUUGAUAGUACUUGCAACAUUUACUGAAGUUAAACUUCCCAAUCUCUUGGUAAAGGGUUUUAAAUUUACCAACUCAUAUGAGGAUUUUGAGAUGAAGAAGUUACUGUUUAAUGUAAUAGGAAUUUUAUCUAAAGACCCAUCUGCUGCACAGCUCCUCAGUGAAAAUCACGUGAUGCCAGCUUUGCUUUAUUAUGUAAAACGAAAUCAAAACUCUGGAUUUCCUGACUGGUCUGCUACCCAAUAUGAAGAAUUACAGCUUCAUGCAAUUGCUGUUUUAGCUUCAGUGGCUCCUGUGUUAGUUGAUAAAUAUUUGUCCUGCCAAGCGAAUACUCUUCUCCUGAUAUUUCUUGAAUGGUGUACAGGCCAAGAUCCUUUCUUUGGUCGAGGGAACAGUUUCCAUGGAACAGGUGGUCGUGGCAACAAACUUGCACAGAUGCGGUACAGCCUCCGAGUGCUGAGAUCUGUUGUGGCCCUUUAUGAUGAUGCUGUGAGCAUUAAUUUGUGUGACCAGGGAGCAAUUAGCCAGCUACUGGACAUCUUAAAGUAUGCAGCAGACAAAUCUAAAGAAAAAGAAACUACCAUUCUACUGGAAAUCCAAGCUGACAUAUUAUUUAUUUUGUCUGUUCUCUGUGAAAAUAAUGUCCACAGAAAGGAACUCUUCAGCUGUGAAGGAAUUGGUAUACUUAUCCCAUUCUUUACCAUGGAUCCAAGGAAGUUAUCUAGUGGAUUAGGCCACAAUUGUCUCCUCCUCAGUGCACUCGACUGCUUGUGGUCCUGUGUCAUUGGAUGUUGCAUUGCAGAGGACUCUUUUAUUGAAAAACAGGGUAUUUUUCUCCUUCUGGAUUUGUUGGCAUUAAAGGAAAAGAACCUGUGCAAUAUAAUUCUUGGAAUCUUGGUUGAAUUUUCUGGCAACCCUAAAACCACUGUGCACAUGAGCAUCUGGCGAGGGAGGAGAGAUCAAACAGCAGCUAACCUUCUAAUACAGUUAUGGAGACAGGAGGAGUUGGAUUUGGGAGUCAGACGUCAUCCAAAUGGAAAGAUUGUUGACACUAAGAGACCUAUUGUAACCAGCUUCCAGAAGCAGCAAAAGAUCAUCCCACUGCCUGCCAGCUGUCCCAGUUUUGCCAUCAUGGAAAUUUCAGAGAGCAUACGGGCAAAAGUUUAUUCAUUAUUUUGCAAGCUCGGUUUUGAAAAUUUACCUGGCUUAUCUGCUAAGGAUUUGGUUACACUUGCUAUUAUACAACAUUAUAUUGACUUUAAAGUUGGAGAGGUUUGGCAUGAAAUACAUGCAGAAGUAAAAGAGGAAUUCAGGCCUGUUACACCAGAUGAGAAAGUCUUGGAAGUUAUUUCACAUUUCUCAGAAAAUACUGGAAAUACAGUUUAUGCUCUGCAGGGUGAAGUGCUUGAAAGACAACUCCACCACGAAAUCCAGGAAGAGAAAAGAAUUUACAAAGAAAUCAAAGCUAGCCAAAGACAGAGAGAAAUGAUAAAUAAAUCUUGGGAAAAUUUCUUGACUCGGACAUCAAACUUUGAGGCAUUGAAGAAAGCAAGAAGGCGUCAGCAAACAUUAAUAGAGGCUUCCAGAUGUAAACCAGAGAGUGAAAAUGAACUAGAAUAUUCUAUUGAUAUUCCAAAACUCCAUAUAACAUACAGCAACUUCAUAGACAAUUUGCGGGUCUAUGUGAGAGGAGGAACUGGUGGAAUGGGUUAUCCUAACCUGGGAGGGGAAGGAGGAAGAGGUGGUGAUGUCUGGUUCGUCGCCAAAGAAAGGACUACCUUAAAGAGCAUUAGAGAGAAAUAUCCCCACAAGCGAUUUGUAGCUGGAACAGGAGCCAACAGCAGUGUUAAAGCUCUAAAAGGUGAAAAAGGAAAAGAUCGUGAAGUUCAUGUGCCUUUGGGAAUUUCAGUUCUUGAUGAUGAUGGCAAGCAGAUUGGAGAGCUUAAUGCAGCAGGAGAGAGAUUCUUGGCAGCUCGUGGAGGUCUUGGAGGCUCUUUGGCUACAAACUUUCUGCCUUGCAAAGGUCAGAGGAGAACUGUUCACCUUGAUUUGAAACUUAUAGCAGAUGUUGGCUUAGUUGGGUUUCCAAAUGCGGGAAAGUCAUCCUUGUUAAGCAAGAUUUCUCAUGCCAAACCUGAGACUGCAAAUUAUGCAUUCACAACAAUACAGCCUGAACUAGGAAAGGUCAUGUAUGCGGAUUAUAAGCAGAUUUUAGUAGCUGAUCUUCCAGGACUGAUUGAAGGUGCACAUGCAAACAAAGGAAUGGGACACAAAUUUCUCAAACAUGUUGAAAGAACUAAACAGCUUCUCUUAGUUGUUGAUAUUUCUGGGUUUCAGCUGUCUAUCAAGACUCAAUUCAGAACAGCCUUUGAAACAAUACUGCUUCUAACAAAGGAACUGGAGCUGUACAAAGAGGAACUUGUAACAAAGCCUGCACUUCUUGCCAUCAAUAAAAUGGAUUUGCCUUGUGCAAAGGAUAACUUGGAUGAACUUAUGACACAGCUAGAGAAUCCUCAGGACUUCUUACACUUACUAGAGGAAGAAAUGAUUCCAGCAAAUAUGCUUGAAUUCAGAGAGGUGAUUCCUAUAUCUACGUAUACUGGAGAAGGAAUUGAGGAACUGAAAACAUGUCUCAGAAAAUCCAUAGAUGAGCAAGCAGAGCAGGUGAAUGAAGAAUAUCGGAAAAAGAAACUCCUGCUUUUACAAACUUCCAAAGAAGAACAAAUGAAUAGAACCUGACAUUCCUGA